AUGGAGAAGAACACACGGGAAGACGAACCUGGUCACUCGUUGCGGAGGCCCGCUGUGUCGAAGCUGGUGGGUGGAACUGGCUCUCUAGGAACUGCAGGAGCUGCUGCUCGAGGACCUUGGGAAGAGGAUGCCGACUCUACGCCGAAGGACCCGCAAGGAAGAAGGACCCCCGCUGCCUGCCCGCAGAAGGACCCGCAGAAGGAGCUGCCUGCCGAGGACCCGCAGGAGCUGCCGGCCGAGGAUCCGCAGGAAGAAGCUGCCGGCCGAGGACCCGCAGAAGGAGCUGCCGGCCGAGGAACCGCAGAAGGAGCUGCCGGCCAUGGACCCGCAGAAGGAGCUGCCAGUCGAAGACCCACAGAAGGAGCUGCCAUUCGAGGACCCGCAGAAGGAGCUGCCGGCCGACGAUCCGCAGAAGGAGCUGCCGGCCGAGGACCCGAAGAAGGAGCUGCGGUCGACGACCCGCAGAAGGAGCUGCCGGCCGAGGACCCGAAGAAGGAGCUGCCGGUCGACGACCCGCAGAAGGAGCUGCCGGUCGAGGACCCGCACGAUAAAUUGCUACACAGGCUCUUCCUGAUCAUUGACUGA